CGGGAUGCCCGCAGCCGGAAGCCGGGCGAGGAGGCGAGAAACAGACGACACCUGCCCGAAGCAACGCCAGCUACGCCCUGCAGUCUAUGCCGGUGCGACGGACGAACCUCAGCAGUUCUCGUAAAUCUAUUGCCACAGUGGUGUUUCCAGAUACUGAAAGGCAAAAAUCUCCCUUGUAAUUCAUUACUUACUGUGCAGGCUCGCAGUUAUUUCAACGCAUCUGGACGCUGAAAGACCAACGACUCUGGAAGACUGCAGGAUGGCGAGGUGACACGGCUCAGGAUUCUCACAUGGAAGCACAUUUCCGAAACCACUUGCUGUCACUACUCUAUGGCGCGCACAUUUCUCUUGUACCAAUACAGUCCAAGCAGAUCUUCUGGACUUACCAUAUCCGCUCGAUUGAGAGUCGCAUAAAAAGCCGCCAGUAAUUGAGAGUUACGAACUACACAUCGAGCAAGACACGCCUCCAGAUGACAGCUACUGUGAGAUGUGUUUCGCUAGUGUAAUCUGCACGCAAAGGCGUCGCUUCUCUUGGGAAUCGUAUAAUAUUUUCGUACCCCCUGUCGGUUCAUCUGCUAGUGUCUGAAAUUGCAGCCAGUGACGGAUAAUCGUUUGAUUUAAGCUUUUCUGUCUGAGAACAUGAGUGAACAACCCUGCCUCGCAACGAUAAUACCGUAUCAUUCGUUGGAAAAAACCUGCGGAGCUACGUAAAAUUCUCAACAACGGAAGUGACAAUCAGUGAUACUAGCGUGUGUUUUCGUGGCGCCGGUCCGCUGGAGGAACGAGCAGAACUACGUAAAAUUGUCCUGUUCGACGCAGUAGACAGCCAGUGCUUUUCACCCGUGUGUGUGGCCGUGGCGACUGUUCGCUGGAGAAUCUUCCAGACGAACAUACAAUUGUUUUGGUCGACACAGUAGACGAGCAGUGUCUCUCACGAGCGUGUGUUUGUGGCUACUGCUCCCUGGAGUAACGUGCGGAACUACGUUUAGCCGGUGCGUGUGAGACGUGCGCUGGCCGUCGUAGCGCGACGCCGGGACGUCGGCAUGCUGGCGGCGGCGCUCUGCUGCCGCUGGCGCCAGCGCCGGCAUCGGCGCGUCGCCUUCCUCAAGAAGUCGCAGGUGUUUCCGGUGACGCCCGCCAAGGCAGGCGGAGAUGACGCCAACAACAACAUGGGCCACGGCGUGGGCGAGCCGCCGCCGCACAGGGACUCACGCAGCACCACAGUCGAGGAGUUCGCCAUACCGCAGAAACCGGUGCUGGCUAGAGCUGGCAACGUCCGCCAGGACACAUCCAUACUGCUCACUGCUCCGCCGGCCUCUGUGAUGACGCCGCCGGCCGAGCUGUCGUUCCUGCCGCCGGUGGAGCCGCCGCCGAGCGCCGCAGUCAGCCCGCGGCCGCCGUCCGCCGCCACGCAGCUGGAGCUGGAGCUGGACGCGUCGCUGGACUGCCGCAGCCUAGACGAGGCGGAGGCGGCGCAGUCGCAGAUCCUGGAGCCGCCGCACUCCUCGGGCAGCUCCGCCGAGGCGGCGGCCGCCCUGCAGCAGUCGCACCGCUCUGCCAAGCUGCGCGCCCUCAGUGGGAAGGUAGCCGAGCCGGCGCGCCUCGCCUGUCUGUCCCACUCGCAAAUAGGUCGGGGCAAAACUGGCCGCCUGAACCCCUCAGCCUUCCUCUACUCCUUUUUUUACUCCGGCUCUACAAUAAUUCUCCGCCAGUUAUCACGAUCCAACAUUCAAACCUUCCAUCCACUACAGCCCAGUCCUGCUCCUCCGUGA